UCUCAUUAUUUGCCAACUAAAAGAACCAAAAAUGUAUGACAGGUAUGUUAGUUUGAUAAAAAACCUUUAUGUUUUCUUCCUGUAGCGUUAAAGGUCGCCUGCGUUUUUUAAAGGACAUCUAACUAUUAGCUUAAAGAUAAUUACCUGCGUCCAUUUGUCUCCUUUGUGCCAGCUAUGUGCUUUAAUAAUCCUCACACAGCUCACAUUUACAACCUCUACUAACAUUUUUUUUGGGAAACAGAAAUGCAUAUCAGUGUAUUCAAAUAAGUCCCAACAGUGUAAGAUGGAGGAAAACCAGUAUACAUCAUUGACGGUUCCCACGGAUUAUUUCCAGCAGUGGUACCAGUCAAGCCAGCAGCACCCCGAGGCGCAGCAUGUGAUGUCAUAUCACAACAUGGGCCAUUAUGCAGAAGGUCCCAGAGAUGAGCCUGUCAUGACGGAGCUGUCUGUCCACCGGGAGCCGGCUCUCUACCAGGAGCCUUUCUACCAGAACCACCUCCAAGCCCAGGGUCACUACCAGGAGCCGGUCUACCAGCAGAGCUUCAGGGAGCAGCACCACCCUCAGCAUCAACACAUAGAGCAGCAACACCCAAAUUAUCAGCACCAACCUCAGCCUGCUGCUCCACCUCAAGCUGCGACGCCGGUGAAGAAGAAGAGAGGCCGGCCUCCCAAACAGCACGCAGAGGACGGCGAGACACAAGAGGAGGAAGAUGAAGCUGAAGCUGCCAAGAAGGCCAAGAGGGCUCUCAACCGCUUCAAUGGCAUGACGGUGGCUGAGGUUAUGGCCAAAACGCUGCCAGACGUCAUCACCUACAACCUCGACAUUUUGAUAAUUGGAAUUAACCCAGGACUAUUGUCAGCCUUCAAAGGACACCAUUACCCAAACCCAGGAAACCAUUUCUGGAAAUGUCUGUUUCUCUCUGGUUUCACCGAAGAGCAGCUCAACUACAUGCACGACCAGAGCCUGCCGGAGAAAUACAGCAUCGGCUUCACCAACAUGGUAGAGAGGACCACACCCGGCAGCAAGGACCUGUCCAAUAAGGAGAUUCGUGAAGGAGGUCGACAAUUACUUGAAAAGCUGCAGAAAUAUAAGCCAUUAAUAGCAGCUUUUAAUGGAAAAGGUAUUUAUGAGAUCUUCUGCAAAGAAACCUUUGGUGUGAAGGCGAAGAACCUCGAGUUUGGUCUGCAGCCCUACAAAAUCCCAGAAACUCAAACAGUUUGCUACCUGAUGCCAUCGUCAAGCCCCCGCUGUGCCCAGUUUCCCCGUGCACAGGAUAAGGUGCACUUCUACAUCAAGCUGAAGGAACUGCGAGAUCAGUUGAAAGGUUUGGCACCCGGCCAUGAAGUGACGGAGACCGAUUACUCCUUCAAUCUGCAGCUGGCCAAAGAGGAUGCGAAGAGGAUGGCAAUCAAAGAGGAGCAGGUGGAUCCAGAGUAUGAAAGCUGUAGUGGGCUGCAUGAGAAUGUAAUGAGAAGCAGCAACUCCUCCAACUAAAAAAGCUGGCGGAGGGGAGAUAAAACAGGCCUUGUCCGCUGUAGCACACAGAAAAGGACAUUGAAGGCCCGUCAGCGGACCACAUGGCACAUGGCACGAUACCAGACAUCAGCUGUAACAGUAGCAUCAGUCGGGGUAACAAUUACUCCAACAACAGGAGAGGAGGAGUCAUACGGUUUCCGGAGGCACUGUAAUGUGACGCACAAGGGAGAAAGUGCCCACAACAAAAAUUACGUUUUUUUAACUGUCACACAGACGGUGCAUGUUUUUGGUGUUAUUUUCUAUCACUAUUUAUUGCAUUUUUGUAUUGUAUGUCUGUCCAGUGACUUAUUUUUGUAUUUUGAAAGAAUGACAUUUUAUGAUUUAUCAGCUGUAUAAAUAAGUAAUUGUACUCUGGGAUUUCUAAUCUGUAAUUACAGAAUUAUUAAAUCUCUUCUAAAGCUG